GUGGCUAUUUGGUUAGGUGGUUGGUCUGCUCAGCAGGGGGAAAGGCCAGAGUCUCUCUUUCCCAGAGCAGUGUACCACUGGGGCUCCCAGAGGAGGACCCUACCUGAGCUGUAGCCCGAUGCAGAACGGGGAGGCUAUGAGCCCUCAGGACUCCAAGGCAGAAUUUGCAGAGGCCAUGGAGGAGCAGAAGGCCCAGAACCAGAGCCAAAAUCAGGGGAGUGUGGAGCCCACAGCCCCUCCACUUCCGCCGCCUUCACCCCCACCACCAGGGCCACCAGAAUACCCGAGACCUAGGCUGAUUUUCCACACCCAGCUGGCUCAUGGGAGUCCCACAGGCCGCAUCCAUGGAUUCACCAACGUAAAAGAGCUCUACGCCAAGAUCGCUGAAGUAUUCAACAUCUCCCCCUCAGAGAUCCUUUUCUGCACCCUCAACUCCCAUAAAGUGGACAUGCAGAAACUACUGGGAGGCCAGAUUGGAUUGGAAGACUUCAUCUUCGCUCACGUCAGAGGGGAGACCAAGGAGGUGGAGGUGACAAAGACAGAAGACGCUUUGGGUCUCACUAUCACAGACAAUGGAGCUGGAUAUGCCUUCAUCAAGAGGAUAAAGGAAGGCAGCACCAUAGACCAGCUGAAGACAGUCUGUGUAGGUGACCACAUCGAGGCCAUCAAUGACCAGAGCAUUGUAGGCUGUCGACACUACGAGGUGGCUAAGAUGCUUAAAGAGCAACCGAGAGGCAUACCCUUUACUCUCCGCCUGGUGGGGCCCAAGAAGGCCUUUGACAUGAUUGGAAUGAGGACAAGAGCUCCAAAAUCUACUGAAGGCAAGAUGGUGAACGGGAGGGAGACGCUGCGUCUUCGCUCAAAGGGUGCUGCUACAGUUCAGGAAGUACAGAAUGAGUUUGAAGAAUGGGCCACCAAGAGAGUAGAUGACCUGCUGGAGAGCUACAUGGGCAUCAGAGACCUGGAGCUGGCAACCACCAUUGUGGAAGCGGGCAAAGACAAGAAUAACCCUGACGAUUUUGCGGAGGCCUUGGACUCAGUUCUGGGAGAUUUUGCUUUCCCUGAUGUGUUUUUGUUUGAUGUAUGGGGAGCUAUCGGAGAUGUCAAGAAUGGCAAGAUGUAGACAUUUACUAUAUUCAUUCAUGAUAGUGGGAGAGGGGCAUUAGACCAUUACAACCUAAAUAUGUAUGCACAGAUAGACAGGGUGAGAUAGCGAGCUCUGUUCUGGUACAUCCAACUGCCGAAAUAAUGAGUAGACUCUUUCAUUUUUAAUCCCUUUCUUUGAAACCGUGUCAGCGACUACAAUUUAUUCAACCAUUUCCCCCUUUUAACAGUAAAAUUACUAUAAUUUGCCCAAAAGCAGAUCAUCACUAUUCAUGUUUCUAGGUUUGGAAAGAUCUUGCAGUAUAGUUUAAAUACAUUUGUAUAGAGUGACUCAAUUAUUGAAAUAACUUUUAUGUUGUUGGAAUGUAGCUGAUGAUCUAGUUCAGAAAAGAAGUUGUAAAGUGUAGGUUUACAAAAAUACAAUCUUAUUCUAAUUUUGAUUAAAGACCAACAUUAAAAACAUGUUUUGAGGGCUCUGUUUGUCAUAGAUAUAUAACACAUUUGAAAGAGCAAUUCAAGUUCACAACAUGUCAGGAAACACAACUACAUAACAGAGGCCAAUCAGCCAGACAUCUAGGAAUCAAGGAAGUUGGAUAGGGAAGAUAGCUAUACUAAGUCUUUUUCCUUUAAUGAAACCCAAUGGGGAAAACAUGAGACUAACAAGGACACAUUUUUGCGUCUUUAGAAAGUCAGAAUGUAUUACUACUACUACAAUUAUUAACAAUCAAAUCAGAUGCAUGUGCAGGAUUGAUCAGUGAUAGUAUCAUUGCACCAGGUUAUCAUUAUAUUUAUAAGGAAUAGUUUCCUUAAAAUUAAAAUAACACUAAGGUUAAAAAACAUAUCAAAAUUGUGAUUUCCAAAAGGAACCGUGCCCAUAAUCCAAAACAACCCCAAAUAAAGUGUACCUGUGCAUGUGUCAUGCAUUUCCAUGCAUCAUUUUUGUGCAUAACAUAAUAAGUCAUAAUGCUCAUGAUAAAAUAACAUUGUAUUAAAUUGCUUCCCACUUUUGGCAUUGGUUCCCAGGAAACUCUUCUGGUUUGUUUCAAGUACAGAAUGUAAAUAUGCAUGACAAGUUUGUGACACUUUAUAAUUUAGUAUCACUGUGUUUCAAUAUGAAGACUUGCAGCACUGAGGCAUCAAAUUACAUCUUAGAGUUUGACAAUUAUAUGUUUUCUGACUCAACAAACAAUGUGAAAGUAUAAUGUAAUAUAUUUUAAAUGCAGGUAAUUAAGUCAACGCUGAAAUGCAGUUGGACUCAACUUUACUUAUUUCGGCUACACUAUUUGAGCUAAAUCUGUAUUUGUCUGGUUUUGUUUCAUCACUUUGUAUAUGAUUGCAUUUUUUUUAUUGAGACGUUAAAAUGCAUGUAAAACUUCACAUGUUUAAAUUUUAAGAAGAUUUAACAUGAGUAAUCAAGCCUGUGAGGGUUAAAAGAAAAGUUUAAAAAGAUUUCAGGUGUUCUGCAUCUUACUAAUCCUUUAUUUAUAUGUACAACCACAUGCCAUUUCUGUCAACCACAUUCAACAUUUACACUUCAAUGCACCGGAUCACACAAAUAAGGAGUUAAAGCAAAACACAUUUUAGCUGUUAUUGGAUAUUGGUUUGGUGGGUAAGUGUCUUUUCUGGCCCACUCUGAUUGAUAUAGAAAGUAUAAACCAGAUCAGUGUGACUAAUGUGGUUAAAUGAGUAAUCACAAAGAAAGAAUGUAAUCAGUUUCAUUAUAUUAAAAUACAAGCAUAAUACUGUAUAAUGCAUGUAAAUAUAUUACAAUACAGCUGCAAUGUUUGCAAUUUAACUGCCCAAAUGAUCCAUCUGAAUUUGGAUUCAUCCAACAAACUAAACUAAAUAAAACCAUUCCCUCCUCUGUUCCAUGUUGUUGUAAUCACACUUAUACUGUACAGUUAUAUUUCACUUUUCUCAAGCAAUAAAGAUGUUUCUUGCGUUCACAACACAUACUUUGCAUUUGCUAGUCUUGCAUAAAUAUGAUUUUUUUGUUAGGAUAAUCACAUUCUCAUCGGCAUUGCUUUACUCUGCAGUGUUUCUCUUCUGCAAAACAUUAAUCUGGCCAUGAAUGACAUGCAUGACUGAACCAGAGGAUCAUAUGCAAAUGUUUUGAAAAGAAAAAGUAUAAAGGUUACAAGUGAUCAUUUCAAGAUCUGUAAGUUCGGUUUAAAAAAUGUGAACCAUUAAAAGAAGUAUCACACAAUUAUUUUGUAAUGUGCUUGGAGGC